GGCCCAGAGUCAAGUCACUCCUCUCUGGGAACAGCCUCUGAUGGCUCUGCCUCUCCUCAGGAGCCUGAGAAAGAUAUGGAGGGCUAUUACAACCUUUUGCAGGCAGGCUCAGAGCUGGAGAACACGCUGCAUCAGGUCACGGUCCCUGUGAGUAUGCAGGAAGUGGCCGGCUACAUUGAGAAACAAGUGGCCUAUUUAUCAGGGGGACGUGGUGAGGACUCUAGUGUCAUCAUCACUCUCCCAGAAUGCUCUGCUUUCAGUGACAUUCCUGAAGAAGCUCUGGCCAAAGUUCUUUCAUACCUCACACUGAUCCCGAGGUUUGUGUCUAAUAUAAAGAAGCCUCUCCAUCUCACUGCAUUGCAGUACAGCAACAGUCCCUUAUGUAUUCUCUUCACAUAA